AUGGCAUCAUUUGAUUUUGUCAGAGACAAAUUAACUGAGUGGAACCUCAGUGACUUGAUUCAGAGGUUUGAAGAUGAAGAAAUUGAUGAAGAAAGUUUCCUCUUCCUUAAGGAGAAAGACUUCAUCAACUUGAUUCCAAAAAUAGGACCAAGGUCUGCAUUUAGAAACAAACACAAAGAAUUUCUCAAGAAACAGAAUCAACCCGAUGAUGAUAAGAACAUUCAAGCGGCCACGUGGUCAUCAGUAUCCAUUAAGGCCUCCAAGAGUUCCUCACAAAAUGUUACUGGUGAGAUGGUCAAUCAAGAGUCUUGUCAAAAGGCCAUCAUAAAACCCAGAAAUCAAACUCCUAAACGAUCAGCGACUAAAAGGUCAUUGGAUAAACUCUUUGGUACACUUGGAGGAAGUGUGCCCACACUGAACACCUCUGGAGUGGGGGAAACAGUCUAUGACCAGAGUGAACCCUCAACCAGUAAAACACGCCCUCUUCAAGUGAAUAUCCCAGGCAAAAGGAAAUCUGAUGAGACCGAUGCAAACAAACAAACAAAGAAACGACAACGUGUUGCUGCAUCCAGAAUAACUGAGACAUUUGAAACUGAAACCAAGACAGAGGUGAAGAAGAUCAUGCAACGUAUCAAAAGCAAACUUGAUGAUCUGCCUUCUACCAAACUCAUUGACUUCCUCAGAGGUAAAAUCCAAACUUUGGAGAAAGACAAAAAAGAGAUAGUGGGUGUUUUUGGGAAGACUGGAGCUGGUAAGAGCUUCUUGAUUAACACCAUCUUGGGUGAGAAGAAACUGCUGCCCUCUGGAAACCAAGGGGCGUGCACCUCGGUCAUGAUUCAGGUGGAGGCCAAUAUGACAGACUCGGACUCUAAAUACAUCGCAGAGAUUGAGUUCAUGACAGAGGAGGAAUGGAAAGAGGAGCUAUGGUCCAUCUUAAGAGACAGAUCUUAUGAGGAUGGAAAUGAUGAAGACCAUGAAAGGGAUGACGACGAUGAUGGCGAUGAUGAUGAAAAGAUAUCAUCUUUGUAUGGAAAAGAUGGACGUGGGGCAACCUUAGAAGAACUAAUGGACAGGAAGCACUUCAGAGAAAUUCCAGAGUUCCGUUUAUCAGUCAAGAAAAUAUUUGUAUGUGACACAGCAAAAAAACUCUCUGAAAAGAUAACUUGUUACACACGGAGUGACACACAGAGUGAUACAUUUAAAAGACAGUAUUGGCCACUUGUGAAGUGUAUAACCAUCAAGGUGCCAAACUCCAAAGACCUGCUGGAGCAUGUUGUGCUGGUUGAUCUUCCAGGCAAUGGAGACUGCAACAAGAGCAGAGAUGAGAUGUGGAAAUCGUUUGUUGGAAACUGCUCUGCUGUGUGGAUUGUGAGCGACAUUGCAAGAGCAACUUCAGAAAAGGAAUCAUGGGAGAUUUUAGACAGCACCGUUAGCCUCAUCGGGCCUGGUGGAGAAUGUCGAAGCAUCAGUUUCAUCUGCACCAAGACAGACGACAUUGAGGAAAAUCAAAAGGCAAAUGCACGUACCUCUAUUUUGCGCAGAAAUGAAACAACCAAGAGGCAAGUGAGGGACAAAUUCAACAAACAAAAAGAAGUCAAGAAACACUUCAGUGGGGGAAAGGAUUUCCUUCAGGUGUUUACUGUGAGUUCCAAGGAAUACCAAAAGGAAAAGCAUUUGCAACAAGAAGAGACAGAAAUACCCAAACUUCAGGAAUUUCUCAGAAAUCUCAAUGAUCGUAGUACAAAGACUUCAGAUUAUGUUUCUGGAGCCUAUGGGAUCCUCUCUCUGAUAGAAGGAGCCAAAAGCAGUGACAUGACAGACAGCAAAGAAGAGGUGUGCCAGGUUCUGGAACAGAGGCUCAAGGAUGAGAUCAAGCCCAUUGGUCAAACUUUGGAUGAGGCUUAUGAGACUUUUGAACGAUGCCUCUCAGAAGGAGUUCGACAGUCAGAAGAAUCAUGCGAAAAAUUAAUGAAUAAAGUGAUAGCACCAAGAGGGAAAAAAGGCUGUGGAUAUCAAGUAGUGAAGGCUUUAUGCAAGAAUGGCGGCAUUUACAAACCAAAAGGGAAAAAGGAAAGGAGAAGAGGAAUAAACCUUAAUGAGAGUUUAGCCUCAUGUAUGAGAAUUCUCAUUGAUGAACAGUUUAAGAUACAUUUCCCAAACGAGGGCAAAGGUGGCCCAAUCAGGGAGCAGAUUGAGACAUUCACCCUUGACACGAACAGCUUGGUUGGGGAGCACCCGGAAGUGUCACUGCAUCUGACAUUCCUCAAGACAGAGGAAACUGAAUUGAAGGCAAAACUAAUCUUUGACCUCCGAGAGAAAAAGAAGAAAAUCUACUCCACUUUAACCGAGUCAAUCAAGGACACCAUGCAUCGAUGCUAUAUAAGGGCAUCAGAGCAGACAGGAAAAGAUUCUCUGAAAAGGAUGAAAGAUGAGCUCCAUCAUCACAUGAAGAAUAACAACAUAUUCCUGAAGGCCAAGGAAGCUAUGCUGGUUUGUUUAACCAACCUAAAGGAUCACAUCAUGAUGCAGCUGAAGUGUAAACUACAAGAAUCAAUGGAUCUCUCACUGAAGACCCCCAACAGCUCGUUCCUCCCAGAUGAUGUCACUGUGGAGUAUAACAAGAUGAAGAUGUACUAUGAGAAACUGAUGGGUUGCUCUAGUACAGUACACUUCACUCCAAGACUGGAUUUACACACAAAAACUACCACUUUUGAAUCACAGUCUGGGAAUAGAAGGAAGCGUGUGCAGGUGUCAACAGGUGUAACACUGUUAACUCCUGAGAUUGUCAAAGAACUUACAACACAUAACCACAAGCCUACAUAUAGGCUCCAAUCCCCCAAGGCAGGUCUUUUCCAGUGCAGUUCCACUGGACUGGUGUUUCUGAUGGAAGGGAAAGGAGAUGUGGUUUACAUGGUGACUCAAUGGGACAGCAGCCUCCUGGGCUCCAGGAUACCAGCAGGACCCCUAUUCAGCAUUGACUGUCCUGAGCAGUCUGUCCGCCAACUGCAUCUCCCACACUGUAUGUGUGAUGAGAAGGAUGACAAAUUGUCCGUGGCCCAUGUUACUGAUGGCAACAUGGAGAUUGUUCAGCCACUCAAGACGACUGCUACACACGUCAUUGUAAACAUCACACACCUCUCCCUCUUUGGCCUCGUCAGGGAUGUGUUCACCUUCCUCCCGGUCCGAAGCCAGGUGCUGCUGUUCCUCCGACCACAAGGGAACAGACACCAGAAGAGCAUACUGAGUGUUAUGUUGUUGCCCAGAAAUGUGCCACUUUGUGCUGAGACUGAACUGAAGCAGCUCUCGGGUGAAGCGUUUGUGGAUAAGCAUAUGGCUGCUCUCAUUCAGAGGGUCACGAUGGUGCUGCAUGUAGCAGAUGACCUGCUUGUGGAGGAGAUGAUCCCAGAUGAAUUGUACUCAAGAAUCCUCAUGGCUUGGCCCAGUCAGGAACAAAGGAGACUACUGUUUGAUGCUGUACAAGCAGGAGGAACAAGAGUGAAAUCUGCCUUCUACAAAGCUCUCCUUAACCAUGAACCUCGUCUUGUCCAGGACCUGGGUAAGAUCAAACUCCUCUGA